CUGAUGGGGGAAAAAAAGCGAAGUUGCCUUCAAUUGUCUGACCUGCGCGUCAUGGAAAGAGUUACUUUGUUGCCGCGCACAAAUGGAUAAACUCCAAGAAACAUCACGGCCCGUGAUGUGUGUUGAUACUCUGUAGGCGCGGAUUGUUUGCCGCUCGGUUUCUGGUUGUGGUUUCACUGAAUCCCAAAAGGAUCGACUGGAGAUGCGCAGGGACCUGUUUACAAGGAACACGCAGCAAGUUUCAGUCUGAGGGAAUGCAGUUCGGGCUUUAAAAAUGCACAGGGAUACCAUUACUCAUCCGGCUGUUUUUCUUCACGCCAGGCCACUUUGUCUUGGAAGUAGUCUUAUCGCGGAUGGUUUUUAAGCUCUGUAAUGAGACACAAUUGGACAAGAAGUUAGCAGCGAAGCUACGGUCCACUUUCAGAGGAUUAAAACGACCAUCGGUGCUUUGGAGGAGCUCUUUGGUGGAAGCACUUUUGGUUUUGAACCUGUUGUGUUUGUGAUGCGAAGAGGGACAGGGUUCAUCUGUAAUGAGGAACCUAUUGUGUUAUAGAUCUUUUGUAGCUUAAAGUUCUUGUUAGACCUGUAAGUAUAAUACAAUAAUAGGUCAAUAGCCUCAAUGGGCUGAGGAUACUAAUUGUUACAUUAAGCCUGUUUUAGAAGUAACAGUUUUAUAUAACUUUUGACAACCUCUGUGUUUACUUAGUGUGAGAUCAUUAAAUUUACAUAGGUCAUAUUGUAUUGUGGUGUGGCACACCUGAUCGACCAGCUGCAAUGCCAUUUGAUAUGAGUUUAAAUAUUACAGUGAGCUAGCGUCAAAUGUUUCCAAUACAGCAUGCACCAAGACAGUAGCAUCAGUAUAAUCUAGGCACUAUGUGCAUGUAGAAUUCUCUGGUUUAGCACCCACUGGAGUAUCAAGAUGUCAGUGAAAGCCAAAGCUCUCUAUACUUUUUUAAGUGAAAACAAAGAGGAGAUAAGUAUCCAGGAGAACGAGGAACUGGUUAUCUUUGACGAGAACUCGGUGGACGGCUGGUUUCAGGGGGAGAACAGCCGAGGGGAGAGGGGUCUCUUUCCUGCAUCUUAUGUGGAAAUUAUUCGCAGUCGCUCCAACUCUAACGUGACCGACUGCUCCAUAAGCCCAGCAGGCUCUUUAGGAAAGGACUCAUCCACUCCAAACACCUCGCUCCAUUAUCAGCAGAAUGACUAUGAUGACGAUGAUUAUGAUGACUGGGAUGACUGGGAUGACAGAUCCACUGUGGUGGAGGAUGCUGAUCACACCAGGAGUGCUGGAGCCAAUGGUCAUGCCCCUCAGAACCCACUGUCCAACAACCCCAAUGUGCAUUAUCGGCCCAAGCCGGCAUCCAGACAAGACAGCAUCUCCAGCUCCAGGAAGGGCAGUAUGGUGGGCAGGAACUUAAACAGAUUUUCCAGCUUUGUCCGCUCAGGGGUCGAGGCAUUUGUGCUAGGUGAUGUCCCCAUGAUGGCAAAGAUAGCUGAGUCUUACACCAUUGAUAUGAGUCCCCUGGGGCCCCAGUGGAAGGAGAACCCACGACCUUUCUCCUGCUCCAUUGAGGAUCCCACCAAACAGACUAAGUUCAAAGGCAUCAAGACCUACAUUUCAUACCGGGUGACGCCGAGUCACACAGGACAUCCUGUCUACAGACGCUACAAACACUUUGACUGGCUGUACAACCGCUUGCUUCACAAGUUCACUGUGAUCUCUGUGCCUCACCUGCCUGAGAAGCAGGCCACGGGGCGAUUUGAGGACGACUUCAUUGAGAAGCGCAAGAGGCGACUGAUACUGUGGAUGAACCAUAUGACCAGUCACCCAGUCCUUUCCCAGUAUGAAGGCUUUGAGCACUUUCUGAUGUGCGCUGAUGACAAGCAGUGGAAACUGGGCAAAAGAAGGGCAGAGAAGGAUGAGAUGGUGGGCGCCCAUUUCAUGCUGACUCUCCAAAUCCCCAAUGAGCACCAGGACCUUCAGGAUGUUGAGGAGCGGGUUGACAACUUCAAGUCCUUCGCUAAGAAGAUGGAUGACAGCGUGAUGCAGCUGACACACGUUGCCUCGGAGCUUGUGCGUAAACACCUGGGUGGAUUCAGGAAGGAGUUCCAGCGACUUGGAAAUGCCUUCCAGGCUAUUAGCCAGGCAUUCACGCUGGACCCACCCCAUAGGUCAGAUGCACUCAACAAUGCCAUAUCCCAUACUGGCCGCACCUAUGAGAACAUUGGAGAGAUGUUUGCAGAGCAACCUAAAUAUGACCUCUUCCAUAUGCUGGAUAAGCUGUCGCUCUAUCAAGGCCUGCUCGCCAACUUCCCUGACAUUAUUCAUCUACAAAAAGGCGCCUUUGCCAAGGUGAAGGAGAGCCAGCGGAUGAGUGAUGAAGGGAAAAUGGACCAGGAUGAGGCCGACGGCAUUAGGAAACGCUGCCGGACUGUGGGGUUCGCCCUCCAAGCGGAAAUGAGCCACUUCCAUCAGCGGCGAGAGGUGGACUUCAAAGACAUGAUGCAGGCCUACCUCAGGGAGCAGAUAGCCUUUUACCAGCGUGUUGUCCAGCAACUGGAGCGUACCCUACGCAUGUACGACUGCCUGUAGAGACACCAAACUGCUUUCUGGGUCAAGAUGCCAAGGAAAAAGGAAAAACACACAAAGAAGAGAAGGAAAGGAAGAUUCAAGAUUCAAGGUGUUUGGUUCAAUUAAAAAAACUGAAUGAAUGAAGCAUUAGUUACUGGAAAGACAUACAAAGGCAGUCAGUCUUUGACUUUGAUAGAUUCAAAGUUCUUGUUUUUUUUAAAGACCUACUGUAUCUUUUAUUUCUGAAAUACACGCCACACAUCAUAUGUUUAUUUGACACAAUUUAAGUGUCGGAUAGGUUAAAAUAAGAACAUAGGUUUCAGAGGUAGUUGAUUGUCUAUAGAAACGGGUUCUGUUUUUAAAAUUGUCCCCUUCUCUGGAGCAUUGUGUACUGUGGCUUCAUCGGUGGUUGAUUCAAGUCACAUCCAGUGUAAAUUGUUUAAAACCAUAUUAUUCUGGUUUAUUAAAGAGCUGUCCUUUAAUAUUCCUGAUUUUAUUUUAUUUUUUUCCUCAACAGUACUUUCUGGCCAAAGACACGCACUGUACAUUAAAGUGGAAUUUGCCUUGUCGAAUGCUCACUUGGCUCAGGCGUUUUGUACUAAAAAUGACAAAUGGCUGUCUAAACUUUGCACCAUGUGAAAAACAUACUGAUACCACGUCAUUUAGUGAGUCCUCUUUUUUUUUCCUCCAUGAAGUUUGUGCCUUUAAGGAUCUGAUGUAGUAGAUCCAAGGGGACCCUCGUCUGUCAACUGUAGUGUGGCUUGUGUUUUACAGGGCGAGUUGUUGGAAUGAGCUCAGUUACGAGACAAGUUUGCACAUGUUUGUUUUUUUUUAUAUACUUUUUGGUCAUAGUAAUGGGUGUGUUUGUGUUGUGUGGGUUAAGGAAUGUAAUGCUGUGCAGAUCAAUUCCCUUGUCCAUGAUGGAUAUUAAAAAAAAAAAAGGUGUAUCUUUAUUUGUAGCAGCAGGUGUAUGUUAAAGUUUUAUAUGAAAAGUGUUCAGAUAGUUAAAGCGGAUUAAGUGAUUGUAUGAGGCAAACAUCAACUUGUAAUCAUAUAAUUAAAGCAAGACCACAUUCCUGUUGUAUUACCAGAGUUUUGUGUUCAUAGUAAGCGUUUCAAAAGACUGAAUGCACAAAAAACAAAAAUACUUUAUAUGGUUUCGAUAGUCUCUUUCCUAUAGCCGUCAUAAAGAAAUGAAUGAAUUCACUUCCUUGCCCUGAGUUGGAUGAGAAGAUUGAUAGCACACUGGGCUUUAUUGCACUCCCUCAGAUAAGAACGAUGCUGUUUUAGCUCCCGUCCCUCUAAGCCGGCUUUCUUCCGAUUGGUCGCCCCUCACAAACAAGACUUGAAAGCAGGUGUGUGUGGGGCUUCUGAACUCACAAUCGGGAAUUAGGUAGCCUGGCUCUUGUCCAUUGGUGAUUAAAAUCAAUGUCUGCAUUCCCACAAAUUAAAACUGGAAAAAAAAGAAAAAAUCUGCUUUAUUAAGGCUUUUUGUUAGUCCAUCACAUUGCCCCCUGGAAACCUCCAACUUCUCCUUAAUUCUUCUUUUUGUACUGAUUUCAGAAAACCAGAUGCAGUGUGCUGGUCAGAGGUUUUGAGGUGCUUGCAGAUUUUCUUUUCUUUAGUCAUAGCCAGGCUAGCUGUUUUCCUCCUUUUCCAGUCUUUACGCUGAGCUAAACCAGCUGCCGGCUUCAUGUGUAACCGACUCGACUAGAGAGUGGCACUGAUCCUCUCAUCCGAUUUACAAAUCAAAUACAUGUUUCUCUUAUUUUCCAAAUGUUAAACUAUAACUUUACCAGUAACAUUUGAGGUUUUGAGGUCCACUUUCUUCUGCCUGAGUUAGAGGAGUUCAAGCCAUGUUACUCAUCUGGUUUAACGAGGAAAUUUUCAUGGAGUUUGGAGGAGACUAUCUUUAGCAUUACCUCAAGGGAAUGUUUUUGUAAGCCUGACACGUUUCCUCAAAUGGUUUCCGGAGUCGGUGGCGUGAUGCUGAUUGUGGAGUGAAGAGGGGGUUUAGCUAUUGGUGGUGUGUUCGGGUGUGGGUGAAAAGUGGAAUGAAUUCAUCUUUGUGAAAAUCUCUGCUGCGAAUUUCAGUCUUUUAGAACUUUAUUAUGAGUGUCCUGUAACAGAAACGUGCUGAGUCAGCAUGCAGGCAAAUGCUCUGUGUGUGUGUUUGUGUGUGACUCAGCUACUGGUAUUUUUCAGUCCACAUCUGCAGCCUUAAACUGCCUGUUGUUUAUUUUUAAACAAACCUUUUCUUUUUGUAUGUUCUUUUUUUUUUUUUAAAUAAAAAAAAAUCAAAUUUCUGUCAGAAUCUACACUGAUUGCAGACCAAAGACGUGUUCUGGGCCACUCGGAUUUGUUGUGAAAUGAUAUGUGCUCUCUGGUUUUCUUAUUCAAUCUGUUUUAAAUAUUUGGAAAAACUAAAAAAAGAAAAAAAAAAAAAAAAAAGAAGAAAGAAACAAACCACAAAAAUGAUCAUGGAGACUAAAGGCUGAAAGAGAAUUUGGACAGAAGAAAGACAUGCAAGGUGAAAACGAAGCCCUCUUAUGUUCCAAAGCUGUGUGAUAAUUGAAAUGGCAGGCAUUUCACACAGAUGACUGUUUCUGAAUAUGGAUGUGUGACUCUGUGAGUUGCAGGAGCUUUAGCUUCUCGCACUGAAAUAACAGAUGGUGAUUUUCAGCAAGGAAUUUGUCACUUGAUUAAAGGGAAGAGGACGUAUAAAUCUUAAUAAAAAAGUAAUGAUG